AUGAGCUCUUCCGGUCUCAAACUUCUUCUCAAUUUACUCGAAUUCUCUCAUCUGCACAAAUCCCUCAACUUUAUUCGACAGUGUCACUCUCGCAUUUACCCUCUUGGCUUCGCCCAGAACCCGUUCUUGGCAACCAAACUCAUCUCCCUGUAUGCUCUCUGUGGCCUCCCAACUGAGUCACAACUCGUUUUUGGUUUGCUCCCAGACAGGAGCGUGUUCCUCUGGAACGCAAUUAUCAACGCGUACGUGAAAAAUCGAGCUUAUGGCCAGUCUUUUGCUUUGUUCUGUGAGAUGUGUCGUGGCUCUGUGUCGCCUGAUGAUUACACCUUGGCAACGAUGUCGAAAGCGUAUGGGGAAUCAAGAGACUUGUAUGCGGGGAAAAUGAUUCAUGGGAAGACUAUGAGAAUUGGGUUUGUCUGUUGUACCGUUGUAGCAAAUUCUCUUAUGUCCAUGUAUAGUAAAUGUGGGGAGCGCAAAGAAUGCUUGAAACUGUUUGAUGAAAUGCCGCUGAGAAACGUGAGUUCUUGGAACAUUAUUAUAGCUGGGCAUGCAGACCAAGGAAAAGGUAGUUUGGUGCAGGAGAUGUCUCGUGUGGUCAAAGAUAUGGAGAAUGAGGGAUUAAAGCCUGAUGCAUUUACAGUGUCUAGUCUUCUGGGUUUGUGCUAUGAUGCUCACUGCAGCCUGGACUAUGGAAGGGAACUUCAUGGGUAUCUAUUACGGAACGAAUUGGGUAGCGGCCUGGCUUCAGAUGCUCAUCUGGGCUGUUGCUUAAUUGACAUGUAUUCAAGGAGCAACAGAGUUGAUAUAGGGAGACGGGUGUUUGAUGAAAUGAAGAAUCGGAAUGUUCAUUCUUGGACCGCACUGAUCAAUGGUUAUAUGUUAAAUGGAAAGGUGGAAGAAGCUUUAUGUCUUUUGCGUCACAUGCAGGUCGGAGAUGGAUUAGAACCUAAUAGUGUAUCGCUUUUGAGUGUUCUUCCAGCUGGUAGGUCACUUGCUGGUUCAAGUUUUGGGAGACAAAUCCAUGGAUAUGCGAUUAGAAAGCAAUUAAAUUAUGAUGUUUCUUUAGGCAAUGCUUUGCUGGACAUGUAUUUGAAAUGUGGGAGCUUGAGUUACGCAAGACGAAUCUUUGAUGAUGUUUCUUUUCCUAGAGAUGCAAUCUCUUGGAGUUCAAUGAUUUCUGGGUAUGGGUUGCAUGGGAAAGGAGAAGAAGCUAUCUCCCUAUACUAUAAGAUGCUUCGUCAAGGAUCUAAACCAGACAUGAUAACCAUAGUUGGUAUUCUUUCUGCCUGUGGGAGGUCGGGGUUGGUAAAUGAGGGCCUUCAUCUCUAUUAUGCUGCUGUAUAUGAGUAUGGGCUGGAGCCAACAGUUGAGAUCUGUGCUUGUGUGGUUGAUAUGUUAGGAAGAUCAGGCCAGCUUGAUGAAGCACUAGAUUUCGUCAAGAAAAUGCCAAUAGAGCCUAGUCCAAGUGUUUGGGGAGCUCUUGUGAGUGCUUACACAAUGCAUGGAAAUUCUGAGAUGCAGGAUCUAGCAUACCGAUCCCUUGCACAUUUGGAACCUGAAAACCCAUCAAAUUACAUCUCUCUUUCAAAUGUGCUUUCUUCUUCCAUGAGAUGGCAUGAGGUUGCUGCUAUCAGAACAAUGAUGAAAGAAAGGGGGUUACAAAAAACUCCAGGUUGCAGUUGGAUAAGCCUUAACAAUGGAACCCACAGUUUUUAUGCCGCUGAUAAGGUUCAUCCUUCUACAGAGCCAAUAUAUGAAAUGCUGCAAGGCCUCAUCUUGGUGAUGAGAGAAGCUUCUGAUUCUCUUAGUAUUGAUGAUGUUAUGUGUGUACAUUGAAAAUUGAUCAACGGUUUUCUGCAUUCUUGUUCUCCAAUGAAUGAUGGCAUCUUGAAUUAUCACAAGACAGUUGAGGCUGACUUGUGGUUCUGUGCUUGUUGUUGGGACAUUGUUCUUCAAAGGUGAUCCCAUUUUUCAUUAAUGAUUGAAAGACUUCCUCAGGCGAGUCCGAACACCUUAACCACUUGAGUUACAACCUUGUUGGUUGACGAGGAUGAUUAUGGGCUGUUGAUUCCAAAAUGUCAAGAAUCAGAAGCCUGAUACUGUGAUACUGGUGUGUUUUUGAGAGUGUAGAGGAUAAAAAGAAGAAAAGGAAGCAGAAGAAUGAAGAGACAACGGAUGCAAAUGUUCCGCAAAUUGGUUGCUGCUUCUUCAUGCUCUUGCUUCUGUGAUCCUCUUGGUUGGGGUCCUUCAUCUAUCACACUUGACAAUGAAAGUUGAUGCACACCAUUGUCUUACCGAGGUGGCAAAUGGUUGGUGGUUCUUUGCGCUCUUAUUUCUGCGAUCCUUUGGUUGUUGUCCAUGUUUACACCUAAAAAUAAUAAUUUUGUACUAGAUUGAUUAUUCACAAAGUAUUAAUUGUUUUUAU